UUCAUUUUGGAUCAUUGCAAUGAUCCGAUCAAUGCUCUUUUUCCCCCUUUUUUUUCUCUCUUCUAUUCUUUUUAUUACUUUUUAUACAUUCUCUUCUCAUCUAUAACUUUGAUCAACCAAGGAACAUACUCUAAGCAUCAAUCCAGCUUCUUAUUAAAAACUUUACACCACUUAUGGAUACUUUUCGAUCUACAAUCAAACUGUCACUUUUAUUCUUCAUGUUAGUUUCUCCUAUAAUUGUUUUAAAUGCGUUAGAUCACGUACAAGGAAAUGUUGACAACUUUAUUGUUACGUCUCUUUAUAGUUCUUGGAAUAAGGUGAAAUUUAUUUUGCAAGAAGCACAGAAGAGAUUUUUACCUCCCAACUUGGAUUUCAGAAUCCAAGAGAAAGCAGUCACAGAGGUUGAAAGAGAGAAUUCAAGCGAAAGAAUAAAAAUCGCAGCAAAGAAAAGCUUGGAAGAAGGAGAGGCAACGUUGGAGAAAACAGCCGAAUCGGCUGCCACAGUGAUGGAAAAGGCAGUACAUAAGGCAAAGGAUACGGUGGAGCAAAAACUGUCUCAAGGACAUGAAAAGGAUGCUGAUGAACUCUAGAUCACUUUACUAUUACCAUUUGUUCGCGACUAAAAUUGUAUUAUCGACAUUAUUUAUGUUACUCCCCGCGUGUUUUUAUUAACGCAAUACUUUGACUUUUACACUCUAUCACUGUAAAAGCUAUGAGAAGUUGUUACUUAAAUCCAGUCAAAAAAAAAAAAAGUAGUUACUUAGAUAAAUAUUCAUAAAGCAGCAUCUAACAUAAUGAAUAAUGCUCAAACGAAGCAUAG